AGUCGAGCUGGUGGCAAGGAGACUCCGGGGGUCGCGGCGGGAGCCUGGAAGUGUGUGAAUUUCUCUGACAUCCGGAUCGCGAGCGGAGUUGGCUUGUCCCGCAGCGGGCUCCGGGACAGGGCAGGAUUCUAGCGGUUUUGUUUUUGUUUUUAAGGGGAGGGGGUGUAAGGGAGGAGGAGAAUGGACAGAAUACUGACUGGAACGUUAAUUGGAGCAUUUCAGAUGUGAAGAGUAGAGUAGUUCCGUACUCUUCUUUCUUCAGUUGCUCCAUCAGUCUGACUUCAUUUUUGAAUUCUCAACUUUGAAACCGGCCAGAGUGUUUGGCAGAAUUUGAUCGAAUUCAGGUGUGAGGGUUUGCUCCAGUGUAAGUGCCUUUUAAUUAGGGCACGCAAUUCAACCACUGUUUACGAUGGGAUUUCUGAAGACCUGUGUACUUAGAAGAAAUGCAUGCGCUGCGGUUUGCUUCUGGAGAAGACAAGUUGUACAAAAGCCUUCAGUUAGAAAGAUUAGUACUACCUCUCCAAGGAGCACUGUCAUGCCCGCUUGGGUGAUAGAUAAAUAUGGGAGUAAUGAAGUGCUUCGAUUUACUCAGAACAUGAUGAUACCAAUGAUACACUAUCCAAAUGAAGUCAUUAUCAAAGUUCACGCUGCGAGUAUAAAUCCUAUAGAUGUUAAUAUGAGAAGUGGCUAUGGAGCUACAGCUUUAAAUAUGAAACGUGAUCCUUUACAUAUGAAAAUCAAAGGAGAAGAGUUUCCCCUGACUCUGGGCCGGGAUGUGUCUGGUGUGGUGAUGGAGUGUGGACUUGAUGUGAGGUACUUCAAGCCUGGCGAUGAGGUCUGGGCUGCAGUUCCUCCCUGGAAGCAAGGCACUCUCUCGGAGUUUGUUGUAGUCAGUGGGAAUGAGGUCUCUCACAAGCCCAAAUCACUGACUCACGCUCAAGCUGCCUCUCUGCCAUAUGUGGCCCUCACAGCCUGGUCUGCCAUAAACAAGAUUGGUGGCCUGAAUGAUAAGAAUUGCCCAGGAAAACGUGUUUUAAUCUUGGGUGCUUCAGGCGGAGUUGGUACUUUUGCUAUACAGGUAAUGAAAGCGUGGGAUGCUCAUGUGACAGCGGUUUGCUCUCAGGAUGCCAGUGAACUUGUAAGGAAGCUCGGUGCAGAUGAUGUAAUUGAUUACAAAUCUGGAAAUAUGGAAGAGCAGUUGAAACAUUUAAAGCCGUUGGAUUUUAUCCUUGAUGGUGUGGGUGGAUCCACGGAAACAUGGGCUCUAAAUCUGCUCAAGAAGUGGUCAGGAGCCACGUAUGUGACUUUGGUGACUCCUUUCCUCCUGAACAUGGACCGGUUGGGCAUAGCGGACGGCAUGUUGCAGACAGGCGUCACCGUGGGCUCUAAGACAUUGAAGCAUUUCUGGCAAGGAGUCCAUUAUCGCUGGGCUUUUUUCAUGGCCAGUGGUCCAUAUCUAGAUGACAUUGCAGAACUGGUGGAUGCGGGAAAGAUUCAGCCAGUUAUUGAGAAAACCUUUCCGUUUUCUAAAGUUCCAGAAGCCUUCCUGAAGGUAGAAAGAGGACACGCACGAGGAAAGACCGUCGUCAGCGUCGUUUAAAUAAACACUCAGUUUGGUGCCUGUGGGCUCUUAUUUGGUGAGUGCCUGUAGGCCCCGACUCUUUUCCAGCCGUCCCUUUCCAGCUUAGACUAGAAGUUCCAUGAAGUAAAUUUAGCACACACACGUUUCUGCCAGUCAUUUCCUGUCUUCUGAGCUGAGCAGAGACUGGUUUUAUAGCCACAGUCCCACCCUCUGUCAUCACCUUGCUCUGCCCAGAGCGUCCUCGCGUCACCUGCCCCAACGCGGCCGCGCACUCCUGUCCGCCGAGCUCCUCCGUGCCAAGCGCAGGAGAUACACACGUAAGCAGGGACAUGAUAUGAACAUCUCUGCACUUGGACUUGUCUAUAAAGUUGCUGAAUAUUGCCUGUUGUUUUUUUCAAGCUGUUCUUUCACAGCAGAUUUGCAAAUUGUGGUGGCACCUUCUGUUCUAGUAGCUCGAACUCUGUUUUAUCAUCUUAGUGAUUGUGAGAGAUUAGAACUUGCAGCAGGUGGAGGGAUGGCGGUGUGAAGAGCUUACUUAACGCUAAUUCCUCCUUAGGGUCAUAGUGAGCACUUUUCCCACUGGCCAAGGUUUCCUUUGAUUUUCAUUCCGUCUGCUCCAGUGUGCGGUCAUAACAGCCCUCAGAGUUCUGAAUCUCUUAGGGUCAUAUGUAAAAAUCUCGCCAGCGAUUUGGUUAUUUACACUUUUAGAAAAUGAAAGGUGAUGUACAGUUUGUAACUUUUUAAAACCCUUUUUUGCAUAAGGCUAGUCCUCUUUCGGCAACUGAAACGUGCUUCUCUGGGGACUUUUCCAUGGAAAUUACCACCAUUCCACUGGGGACCAGAGUUCUCCAGUUUGACCUGAAAUGCUUGCAUUUAGGUAUCUCGCCAAUAAACCCGUUGCGGCUUUUGAGUCUCUAGUCUGUGCCCUCUGAUCAUUGACG